GUCAGUGAAAGUGUUGAGUCCUGGGGCUACAACCCGCUCCAUACUUUCCAGUUAGGCUCCGUGUGAGCACGAGCAACUCUCCAACCGCAGACGUCGAUAACACAGCAGUACUUCACCUGGGAAUUGGAAGAUCAUACCAAACAAUCAUGUUGGAGAACGAGGCUUUUUCCUGUUUUGUUUUCUAUAGUGUUCUCCUGGUCAUCAAGAUGUACAUCAUAGCAAUCAUCACUGGACAAGUCAGGCUUCGUAAAAAGGCUUUCGCUAACCCAGAGGAUGCGCAGAGACACGGCGGCGUCCAGUACUGCAGAGAGGAUCCGGACGUAGAACGGUGCCGAAGGGCUCACCGUAACGACAUGGAGAAUAUCUUCCCUUUCCUGUUCCUGGGGGCUGUGUACUCCCUGAUUGGCCCGUCGCUUGCUGUGGCCCGCGCUCACUUCCUGGUCUUUUUCCUGUUCCGCGUGCUUCAUACAGUGGCCUACCUGUGUGUCCUGCGGGCGCCCACACGCUCCCUGGCCUAUGUCGUCGCCCAAGUGCCCUGCGUGUCCAUGGCCGUGCAGGUCCUCGCGGCGGUGGCCUCCUCGUGGUAGUUGUGGUGUUCUGGAUCUAUCUGUGACCGCUUCAAUCUGUGACUGAUCUCAGUCUGUGAGAUCAGCGGUAGAGGAUACUGCAAGAGAUGCUUUUCAUACAAGGGAAAUCCUCAAGACUAUAUCGCCAUCAAUGCUACCAUAGCAGUUUGUGUCUCUCGACUGUAAGACAGUAUGUACUCUGAAAGUGUGUACUCUGAAAUGAAGUCAUUGUUGUGCUCUAGCAAGCACAUCCUCCUGCAGUACUGUAUGUUUGCUAUGCAAUGUUGAAGUCAAUUGCCUCCCUCUUGAUAGUCCAGGGGACUCUCUGAAGAUUAAGGUUUUAAUUAGUAAACAUUGAACCUUUUAACCAGUUCAUUGUGUUGUCAUGUUGUUUGUGUAUACACAAGUUGUUGCUUGUUUCUGUCUUUUUCAUUCUCUAUUUCUUGUUAUAAACUGGGUGGUUUGCGCUCUGAAUGCUGAUUGGCUGACAGCUGUGUUAUUUUUACUACUCUAAUUACGUCGGUAACCAGUUUCUAAUAGAAAUAAGGCACCUCAGGUGUUUGUGGUAUAUUGCCAGUAUACCACGGCUAAGGGCUGUAUCCAGGCAC